UUGAAACAUAGUUUCUCAGAUGUAAAUCAGUACAAAAAACAGUUGAUUUCAGUUCAUGAGAAAUAUGUUAUCAAGAAAAUCGUUCAAUAGUUGGUUGUAUGAACGACUAUUAGUUUUUCUACAAAAUGUCGAUUUUUCGAUAAUCGAGAUUACGUGUAGAUAUGCACCAGUCCAGUCGGACUGGGUGCCCAGUCAUAAUUGGUACCGGUCAUGACUGGGUCAUCAAUCAUUUAAUCUUUAAUUUAUUACAUGAAUAAUAUCUCCCUCUUUCUUAUCACAUUAAAUCAAACUCAUCUUAGCCUAUUAAGGAACUAAUACGAGUUAUAUCAUAGAAAAAAUAACUAUGAUAUGACUUGUAUUAGUUCUUUAAUACGUUAAGAUAAGUUUAUUAUAUUAUAAUAUGAUAAGAAAGAGGGACAUAUUAUUUUUAUAAUAAAUUAAAGAUUAAAUGAUUGAUGACCUAGUCAGGACUGGGCACCAGUCAUGACUGGAACUGGUGCAUACCUAAUUACGUGUGCUUCGCACCGCAUUUCGUAUACGAGUCUCGACUCGUGUGCCAUCUAGUUUCUUUAUUUUGCUGUUAAUGUUCUAUUGUUUAGAUCUUUUAUUACUAAAUUUAGUCGUCUGGUCGUUCUGAGUAUGAAAAAGUGAGAAAUAGAGCCCGUCCGAGCAGAUCCAGACCCGCAUUCAGACGAGUUCUGAUCCAAAAAAAUUUAAUCAGUCGGAUCCUGACCUGGGUCCAAAAUUUUUGGACCGAAAGGCUCUAGUGAGAAGUGAAGAUUUAUUGAUUGGCCUUGAUUCUUAGCUGCUAACACAGAAGAGAAAUUUCGAUUCUUAGUGCACCUGUUAACUUUUCAUCUUUCUUUCCGCUAUUAGAAUUUAUAGGAGAAACAGCAAAAAUUCGUAGUUUAAUAUCAUAUUACCUAUAGUUUUUGUCGAAGAGUACAAAAGAGAUUCAUAAUAGUACAGAUUUUAUGUGUCAAAAAUAGAACAUAAUGUCUAUAGAACUUUUAUUUUCUUCUUGAUUUGUUUUAAUUCAUUAAAAAACAAACAAUUGUAAAGUUAGACAAAGAACCAUGAAAAAAUCUACUACAAUAUUUGUUUCAACUAAAAGUAUUUAUUAAGUAUAAUCAUCUAAUUUUUUUCGGGCAAUUUUAAAAGAAAUGUUAACAGAAUUGUUUCUGAUCGUUCAUUUUUUGUUUAAUGAAGAAAAAGCAAACUUUUUUUUUUCUUUAGUAAUUAUUCUUUUCAUCUUUUAUUUCUUUAAGUUCGAUCGAAUUUAAAAGCUGGUCGCUAUAAUAGUCUUUUAACAAGACGAUGGUUGCAAUAUCUACGUACACCUCAAUCAAUCAACGAACAUGUAACUGUUUUUGAACAAGAUCUUUGUCAAUUAUUUGAAGGAUUAAAACAAUUUGUCUUUCUCAAUAUUUAUGGUACAAUUCCUGUUGAAAAAUUCGAGCCUUAUCGUUUAAUGACUCAAUGUCGCUUUCCAAAUAGUCAAUUUGAUAUUCAAAUAUCAAGAUUUCGUCUAUGGAUAUGA